GUCAGCAGGCGCUCCGUAACAACAACAUUCUUCACUCAGGUUCUAAUGACAUCUACAUUGCCUAGUAAAGCGAGCCGAACUUGUUUGCAGUGCAAGUCGAGCAAAAAGAAAUGUGACAAGACGCAACCAAAGUGCGAUCGGUGCAUGAGACUCUCUCUCCCAUGUUCCUACCAGCAUGAUGAAUCCAUUGAGCCCGAAAAUACUGAUGCAAAGUUCGAAGAUGUCUUCCGACGACUUGAAAGGAUAGAAGCUCGCGUCUUCCCGGACAACGACUGCAGAAGGUCGGAAGGGAGCCGUACGGAGGAUGCGGUUGCUGAGAACCCCACAGCAUCGACUCGUAAUCCGAGCACAGAGAUCCCCUAUAAAUGGACUCUGGAUCCAGGGGAGCUGUCACGCUCCCACAUCGGUUUCCUUCACUUUGGCAGCGUCUUCCGGGUUAUGGCAGAAAGCAAGACCUCCGCAGAAGUCGUUGCGAAGAGAUACUUCGACACCAUACACCACUGGCUACCGAUGAUCAACCGCGCGCAAUUCUUUGAAGAGAUCAAGUUCUUGACGACCAUCGAGUCAUCUCACGGCUUCCUGUUGACCACCCUCGCCAUGCAUCUUGUCGUUACGCCUCCGUGGGAGCAUCCUAAAUCUGACAGCAUUGCGACCUCGCGUUGGUACCGAGCGUGCAAGUACUAUUUUGGCAUGUCUGUGUCUUUUACCGUCGUUGACAUUCGUGUAAUACAGGCUGGUAUCGUAAUUGCCCUUUUCGAACAUACUCAGGGAAUUCAGCAUGCCGCUCCCCUGACCUUGGGGGUCGCAGCGAGGAUGGCAUAUUCCAUUGCUCUGGAGAACACAGUGUCCCAGAGUGUCCACCGUGACUGGCAGGGCCUGUCUGCGGAAUCGGAAGAAGCAAUCAAUACGUGGUGGUGUCUGCAACUUAUGGAUAGCGUGUUGCAUAUGCCGCCGACCAAUAUCAUCAGACACCCCGUCAUUCACGAUAGCUAUUUCAAUCAGACUCAUUCAAUGACCCGAGUCUUGGACACAAAUUACGAGAUCCCUGGUCGUCCAAUGAAUCUGGAUGUAGAGAGGAGGACUCAUUUUCUCUUGCAGCUCCAAGCAGCCGAGAGACUCACCAGAGUGCAUAAGCUUAUCCGCGCCAAUGCCUAUGAGGCUGAACGUGAUCUUUGCUACGAAGUUGAUCUGAUUUCACACGAUAUCGGCGAGCUGCUCAGACACGCAGAGCUGCAGCACAAGCGGACUUACGCAUACAACACAAAGAUCAUGUUGCUGAGCUCCGCAUUACAUCUCCACUCAUGGUUUUUGAAUGAGAAAGACCCUCUUGACGGCAGCGCUACUAGCAUAAUUACGCGCUGGGUUUCUCGUAUUGAAGAUAUUUUCACACUCGUACUUUCUGGGUUCCCUGACAUCGAAAAGUUGCCCCCGUGGUUCAUCACGACGUCCUACCAAGUUCUGGACGCCAAGAGGAACCUCAACGCCAGCAUUGAGGAAAUCAAAAGUACUGCGGCCUAUAAGAUUCUCGCGUCGAAUGCUCAAAGAUAUGCAUUUGCAGCGAACUGCUUGUCACUCCUCUCACUCCCCAAACCCAGUCCAGACACAGGUACUGCAUAACUCCUAUUUCGAGAAGGACUGCUGAAGUGCCUCCUCCGUCUUCAGCGGGACGAUCUCCGGAAAGAUCUCAUUGAGAU